AUGUCCUCCUUCCUCACACCCACGAAGAAGUCCCAGAAGCCGACGGCGGGCAAGUCGAAGCCAUUCCAACCUCCGAACCGCAUUCGAGCUAUUCGCGAACAAGCCGAACGCCAGCAGGCAAACGCCGCCGCCGCCACCGCCGCCGCCAACGCUUCCGCCCAAGCACAUCUGAACCGCUCUAGAGCCCCGGCGGUCGCCAUCUCGAACCGUCCGCAAUGCCCGAACAAAACCUGUGUCAAGCCUAACGUCGUCGACGGCGUGUGCCAGACCUGUGGCCGAGUCGCCGACGACAGCAACAUUGUUGCAGAGGUGCAGUUUGGUGAAACCUCUUCUGGUGCCGCCAUGGUACAGGGAAGCUACAUCGCAGCCGACCAGGCCGGAGUACGGACAAUGGGCCCUGCUUUCCGCCGCGUUGGAGGCUCCGACGAUCGAGAGAAGUCUAUCCGGGAGGCACGCUCUCUGAUGCAGGGUUACGCUCAGCGACUGAACCUCAGCGACAACACUGUCAACACCGCCGUCCAGGUCUUCAAACUCGCCUCUCAGGCCAACUUUGUCCAAGGUCGCACACUUGUCAUGGUCGCUGCCGUCUGCCUUUACACUGCUUGCCGCACCGAACGCCCGUGCAAGAUCAUGCUCAUCGACCUUGCCGACCUCACGCAGAUCAACGUCUUCAAGCUUGGCCGAGCCUUCAAGGCUCUGAACAGAGUCGUAUACAUCUUUGGCAACGGGGAGGCCCCAGUGUUUCCCGAGGACAUCCUUUUCAGGCUCGCCUCCAAACUUGAGUUCAAGCACAUGACCAACAGGGUUGCCGAAGAUGCCGUCCGUCUCGUGCAGCGCAUGAAGCAGGACUGGAUCGUCAUGGGCCGUCGCCCAUCGGGUAUCUGCGGUGCUUGUUUACUCAUAGCCGCCAGAAUGCACAAUUUUCGACGCACGACGAGAGAGGUUGUCUACGUCGUCAAAGUGACCACCCAUACCAUACAGGAGCGUCUUCAGGAGUUCAAUGUUACGGAGGCUAGCAAGAUGACCGUGGAGGACUUCUUGUCCCAGGAUUUCAGCUCCAAUUCACACGAUCCCCCGUCGUUUUACAAGGGUACAGAGGCCUGGCAGAAGCAGCAGGAGGAAUCGGGCAAGAAGCGGAAGCGCAAGAUCACAGAUGACGGCGACAGCACCAGAACCACACCAGCACCUUCACUCCCGCCUCCUGACCUAUCAACGGCUCCCGCUGUCGAGUAUCGCCGAGAUAAGGACGGCUUCAUCAUCCCCCCCCUUCCCUCCCAGAUCGCCCAAGAUGAGCCGGCUCUCCGAGACACGAAUAGCACUCAGCACCUCGAGGGGUUGGCGGAAGAGUUUGGCGACGCAGAAAAGCAGAGCCAAGAGUCGCCACAGCAGGAAGCCGGCGACAAAAACGGACGGGCUCCCAAGCCUUCGCUGCCCAUCGACAACGAGUGGGAGGAGGACGAGGCUCAAAUGGAAGAGCAGAUUUCAGAGAUCAUGAACGACCCCGAGACGUAUGAACACGCCAAGGCCUUUAGCAACGCCGAGCAGCGCGCUCGCAUUCACUCCAUCUGGGCACUCCAGCAACAACCAAACAAAGCCGUGUCGAUGGCCCCAGAGGUUGGCGAGGACGAAUUUGCCGACGACCCCGAGGUGUUGAACUGCAUGUUGACUCCGGACGAGAUCAAGAUCAAGGAGUUGUUGUGGGUUAAUGAGAACAAGGACUGGUUACGCCAGUCACAAGAGCGGCUCUUCAGAAAGAAGCUCGAAGAAAAGAAACCCAAGAAGGAUCGCAAACGGAAGAAGCGCCCGCGCAUUGGCGAGGGCCAGACGACACCAGCUAGCACGCCCGGUGAGGCGGCCGUCAAUGUCAUGAAGGAGCGAGGCUUCUCGAAGCGCAUUAACUAUGAUGCCAUUCGGCAAAUGUUCGACGUCCAAGACAAGGGGGAUCCGGGAUCCCGGCCGGAGAGUGAAGCCGCUAGCCGCCCGACCAGCAAGGCCCCGAGCGUGAUCGACGAGACCAUCCACGAGGAGGAAGAGAUUGAGCCCCUUGAGGGUGAAGAGUACGAGCACCAGGAUGACGAGUUUGGGGGUGGAGACGACUACGACGACAUGGGCGAUGAGUCUCACAUGUACGAUGAGGACGACCAGGGGAUGGGAGAAGACGAUGAUGAUGACGACGAUUUUGGAUUGAAUGAUGAUGAUGAGUGA